AUGCUGUUUUUCUCCUUUUUCAAGACGCUGGUGGACCAGGAGUUGAAACAUCAUGAAAGUACUAACAAACAGCUCAAAAACGACGUUGAAAUCAAGGGAACCCUUAAAUCGAUUGACCAAUACCUCAAUUUGAAACUCGACAACAUCUCUGCAAACACAACAAAAUACCCUCACCUGAUAGCAGUUCGCAAUCUGUUUAUCAGAGGAUCGAACAUCAGAUACAUUCACAUAAACCCAAGCUUGGUCGACACGAACCUUCUUCAGGACGCCAGUAGAAGAGAGGCCAUGGCCAGCUCCGGAGACAAGAUUGGAGGAAAGUGA